CGUACAAUCUUCUCAGGCCGGAGGAGGCAGGCCUCAACCCUCAGGGAGUCAGGGUCCAGUCCUCUCUCUACCUCCCUCACCCACGGUGUGACGCACACACACUCCAUCUCUCUCGCUCAACAGUCUGACUCCGACUCUCGUAUAAUAAUAGUUUCUUUUUUUUUUUUUGUCGAUCACUUUUAAUCUCUCUCUCUUUCUCUCACUGUCUCCUUCGAAUUGUUUAUGGGUUUCCGUAAAGAUGGCAGAGACAACAGCAACAAAGGCAGUAGGGCAGAAGCAGAAGCAACAGAGCUGCAGUCAUACUAAGCAGACUCAAGAGACGUGGCAGCAGCAUCAUCAGAGCCAUUAGUUUAUCCAUGCACAGAAGAUUCUGCAACCAAUAGACUCUGAAUAAAAUACUCCCCCUCCAAAUCCGCCAUUCUCCCUCUCACUCCCCCCCGACCGUCCCAAAUAUCAACCAGCUUAAUAUCUGUCUCUGAAGUUCUUGUUUUUACUUUCUUCUUCAUCUUGCUCUUUUGAGAUCGAUCGUUGUUUCUUUUUAACGAUGAGUGCAAGAAGCGGGUCUCCUUUCACUGCAUCGCAGUGGCAAGAGCUUGAACAUCAAGCUCUGAUAUUCAAAUACAUGGUUUCAGGAGUUCCCAUCCCACCGGAUCUCAUCUUUCCUAUCAAACGAAGCAUGGACGCUUCAGUCUCUUCAAGGCUGUUUUCUCACCAACCUAUUGGGUGGGGCUGUUUUCAGAUGAGUUUUAGCAGGAAAGCAGACCCCGAGCCAGGGAGAUGCAGGAGAACGGAUGGAAAGAAAUGGCGAUGCUCGAAAGAAGCAUGCCCAGAUUCAAAGUACUGCGAGAGACACAUGCACAGGGGUAGAAACCGUUCAAGAAAGCCUGUGGAAGUUAUUACGGCAAACACUUCUACAACAAUCUCAUCAAUACCCAUAAACCCCUCCGCCAUUAUCAACAACUCCUCUGCAAAUUCCUCUUCUUACUCCCUUCCUUCACUCUCUUCAUCAGUUGCUGCUGAGACCAAUCACCAACACCAUUCUUAUUACAACAUCCCACAUCAUCCCUUCCUUUAUCCCCAUUCGUCCUCUUCCAGACCUCCUGGCAAUGGGUUCUCGCUUCAAAACAACUCCAGUACCCAUUUGUUCUUGGACUCUGGAUCUUACUCUCAGGCCGACAAAGAUUACAGGUAUUUUCAUGGAUUGAAGGGAGAGGUGGAUGAGCGUGCUUUCUUUUCAGAAACUUCUCGGACUGCUAGGAGUGCACCGGAUUCAUCGCUUGAUAAUUCCUGGCGAUUUACACCGCUAGCUCAAUCCAAACAGAGGAGCUGCUCUGCUUUACAAGGUGACUACUCUCAGCCGCAGUUGCAAAGCCUUACUGAUAUUUCGAAACAGCAAAAACAGCAGCAAGAGCAGCACUGCUUUGUUUUGGGUGCCGACUUCAAAUCCGAAAGGCCGCAGAAGAUGGAGAGAGAAGAGGAACCCCAGCAACCUCUUCGCCACUUCUUCGACGAGUGGCCACCAAAGAGCAGAGACUCGUGGCUCGAUUUGGAGGACGACCGAUCCAACCGGGCCUCAUUCUCCACAACCCAGCUCUCGAUUUCCACUCCUAUGCCAUCUCUCGACUUCGCAAUCUCCAAUUUCCGAACCCAGAAUGAUGGUUGAAUUUGAAGAGAGGGUUUCUGAAAACAAGGUGAUGAAAUUUAGUACUUGUUAGUGGGGGAUCAUUGCUUUCUCUUCUUGGUUUCCCAAUCUUUGUCAGGUCUGAGAAUUGCUUCUUUCUUUUGAUCUCCUUGAGAUUUGGUUGAAUAAUGUGUCCCCAGGAAGAUUCCACUUCCUUUUUUCUUCAUUCUGUUUUUUUUUUUCCUCCUGAAUUUUAUUUUACUUCAUUUUCUAAUGAACACUGGAUUCAUCUA